AUGUUCGUUAUUGAAGCUGAAACCAUGGCUCUCAAAGAAGCAAUUCAGGAAUCCGUUGUCUUGCAGCUGGGUAGUGUGGUUUUUGAAUGUGAUUCUCAGAAAGUUGUUCAAGCCAUUCAAUCUAGUUAUAAAGGCAAUUCAGAGUUUUAUGUCAUUCUUUAUUCUAUAAAAGUCUUGUUAGCUGUGAACCCAAACUUUGAGUUAAAGUUUAUUAGGCGCCAAGUGAAUAUGGUUGCCCACUUUAUUAUUAUGGCGGCCAAUUCAUGUCCUAGGCGUAAUUUGUUUAAUUUAGCUCCUCGAUGUAUUGAACAAUUUCUGAUUAAUGAAAUGCGUUAA